CGCGGCGCUGAGAACUUGCGUGUUAGGCAAAGGGGGUCGUCUGGAAGGCUCUCGGAAAGAACUCGUAUUGAUGGCCGAGUCGGGAAGGCAGAAACGGAUCCUGGUGACCGGGGGCUCCGGCCUGGUGGGAAAAGCCAUUCAGAAGGUGAUUGCAGACGGGGAACGCCGGGUGGACGAGACCUGGAUUUUUGUGUCCUCUAAAGACGCUGAUUUAACGAAUGCUGUGGAGACCACCGCCCUCUUUGAGAAACACCGGCCCACCCACGUCAUCCACCUGGCGGCCAUCGUCGGGGGUCUCUUCAGGAACCUCAGCCACAACCUGGAAUUCUGGAGGAAGAAUAUCCACAUCAACGACAAUGUCUUGCAAGCAGCAUUCGAAUCCGGGGUCCAGAAAGUCGUUUCCUGUCUGUCCACCUGCAUAUUUCCAGACCAGACCACCUACCCUAUUGACGAAACCAUGAUACACAACGGCCCUCCGCACGGCUCCAACUUCGGGUACGCUUACGCCAAAAGGAUGAUUGAUGUGCAGAACAGGGCCUACUUCGAACAGCAUGGAUGCCACUUCACCGCCGCCAUCCCGACGAACAUCUUUGGGCCUCACGACAACUUCAGCAUCGAGAAUGGACACGUCCUGCCGGGCCUGAUCCACAAAGUGUAUCUGGCCAAGA